AUGCCGCCACCACCGCAUAUCAAACCUGAGAAUGUCCUCAAGAGGGCCCAGGAACUUAUCGCUGUUGGUCAGGCUCCCGCUGCCUUGACCGUCCUUCACGAACAUGUCACCUCCAAGCGUACCCGUAGCAGCCCCAUCGCCUCGCUCGAGCCGGUGAUGCUCCUCUUUGUCGAGCUGUCUGUCGACCUUCGCAAGGGAAAGGCUGCCAAGGAUGGUCUGUACCAGUACAAGAACAUCGCCCAGAACACCAACGUCGGCACCAUCGAGGUCGUCCUCAAGAAGUUCAUCGAGCUUUCUGAGGCCAAGGUCACCGAGGCUCAGGCUAAGGCCGAUGAGAUCCAGUCUUCUCUUGAGUCUGCGGCUCCUUCCUCCAACAUCGAGGAUCUGGAGGCCAGCGAAACCCCGGAAACCAUCCUGUUGGCUACCGUCUCCGGCGAACAGUCCCGCGACCGCACCGACCGCGCCGUUGUUACCCCAUGGCUCAAGUUCCUGUGGGAGACUUACCGCACCGUUCUCGAGAUCCUGAAGAACAACGCCCGUCUCGAGGUUAUGUACCAGUCGACCGCCCUGCAGGCCUUCCAGUUCUGUCUCAAGUACACCCGCAAGACCGAGUUCCGCCGCCUGUGUGAGCUUCUGCGCAACCACGUUCAGAAUGCCGCCAAGUACUCCGCCCAGAUGCACGCCAUUAACUUGAGCGACGCCGACACCCUGCAGCGCCAUCUGGAUACCCGCUUCCAGCAGUUGAACGUUGCCGUGGAGUUGGAAUUGUGGCAGGAGGCUUUCCGCAGUAUCGAGGAUAUUCACACUCUGCUCAACCUGAGCAAGCGCCCGGCUAAGAACGUUAUGAUGGCUAACUACUACGAGAAGCUUGCCCGUAUCUUCUUGGUUAGCGAGAACUACCUCUUCCACGCUGCUGCUUGGAACCGCUACUACAACCUGCUGCGUCUCUCUACUGUGGCCCUGGCGACUGGCCAGAGCACCAAGAAGGAGAACCCCUCCGUGACCGAGCCUGAGAUGACCAAGGCCGCUUCCUUUGUGCUCCUUUCUGCUCUCUCUAUCCCCGUUAUCAGCACCUCCCGCUCCCGUGGUGCCCUCGUGGAUGUCGAUGAGGCCCGCAAGAACAAGAACAACCGCCUUACUAACCUGCUUGGUAUGAGCCAACCCCCAUCCCGAUCUGUCCUGUUCCGUGAUGCUCUCAACAAGGGUCUGCUCAAGCGUGUCCGUCCUGAGAUCCGCGAUCUGUACAACAUCCUGGAGGUCGACUUCCACCCUCUGUCUAUCUGCAAGAAGAUUACUCCCAUCCUCAAGCAGAUUGGUGCCGACCCCGAGAUGGAGAAGUACGUUGUGCCUCUCCAGCAGGUCAUCCUUACCCGCCUGUUUCAGCAGCUUUCUCAGGUCUACGAAUCCGUUGAGCUUAAGUUCGUCUACGAGCUCGCCCAGUUCCCCGACCCCUUCCAGAUCACCCCUGCUAUGAUCGAGAAGUUCAUCAUGAACGGUUGCAAGAAGGGUGAUCUCGCUAUUCGCGUCGACCACAUUUCUGGCGUUCUCACCUUCGACUCUGAUGUCUUCUCCUCAUCCAAGGCCAUGCACGCUGGCAGUGGUGCUGGUUCUGCCGAGAACGAUGUUGGCUCCGUCCAGCGUCUCCAGCACACCCCUGCUGAGAUUGCCCGCUUCCAGCUUUCUCGCCUGGCCAAGACUCUGCACACAACUUGCAUGUACGUCGACCCAUCUUACUACGAGGCUCGUCUGCAGGCCAAGCAGGCCGCUCAGGCCCGUGCUCUGGCUGGUGCCGCCAAGGAACACGAGGAGACCUUGGCUCGCCGCGUUAUCAUCGACAAGAAGAAGGAGGCCGCCACCGAUGCCUUGCAGCGCAAGCAGCGUGAGGAGGAGACUCGCAAGCGUAUCCGUACCCAGCAGCUGCAGGACGCCGAGAAGAAGCGUCUUGCGGACGAACAGCUGGAGCGUGAGCGCAAGCGUAUUAAGGACGAGCAGGACCGCAUUCGCCAAGAGGAGCUCAAGAAGCAGAUUGAGGAGCUCAAGACCGGCGUCAAGGGUAUUGAUAUCAGCGAGCUUGACGUUGAUGAGCUGGAUGCCAACCGUCUGCGUGCCAUCAAGCUUGCUCAGCUGGAGAAGGAGAAGAACGAGCUGAACGACCGUGUCCGCACAACCGCCAAGCGUAUUGACCACUUGGAGCGUGCCUUCCGCCGCGAGGAGGCCAAGCACGUCCCUGCCGAUUACGAGGCCCAGAAGAAGCAAGACCUGGCCCUUUGGGAGGCCCAGAAUGCCGAGGCUCUCAAGGAGGGCAAGCAGAAGCACGCCGAGGCUGUUGCGCUCAAGCACCGUCUGGGUCGUCUCGUCCCUGCUUUCAGCAGCUUCCGCAAGGAUGUUUCUGAGAAGCGCCACGAGGAGUUCGAGAAGCGCCGCAAGGCUGCCGAGCGCGACUUCGAGGCCAAGAAGAAGCAGCGUAUCAAGGAGGUCCAGGAACGUCGCCGUCGCGAGAAGCUGGAGCGCGAGGAGGAGGAGCGCCGCCAACAGGAAGAGCAGGAGCGUGCCGCCCGCGAGGAGGAGGAGCGUGUUGCACGCGAGGAGGAACGCCGCCGUGUUCUCUCCGAGGAGAAGGUUCGCCGCGAGGAGGAGCGUGGAAAGCUGGACGAGAUUGCUGCUCGCCAGAAGCAACGCGAGGAGGAAGCCGAGGCUCGUCGCAGUGCUCGCAAGUUCGGUGGUCCUGCUGCUGCACCUUCAUCUUCCGAGUCUACCGAGCGUACUGCUCCUCGUCUCAACAUUGCUCCCCGUACUGGUGGUGGUGGUGGCUGGAGAGAUCGUCUGGCUGCUAAGGGAGAGAGCGCUGCUCCCGAAGCUCCCCCUGCUGCUGCUGCUCGGGAAGAGCCUCCUGCCCGCAAGGCUGGAAGCGGAUAUGUGCCCCCUCACCUUCGUGCUGGAACCUCUGGUGGCUCUGGCUCCGCCCCUCCUCCCCGUGAGGCCCCCUCAAACGGACCUACUGAGCGCUGGACGCCCCGUCCGCGCGAGUCCCCAUCUCAGGGUUCCGCCCCUCCUCCCGCUGCCAAGCCCGAGGAGUCUAAGCCCAGCAGUGGUGGCAAGUGGGUUCCUAAGUGGAAGCAGCAGCAGAGCUAA